ACGGUUCAGUUGAUUCCAGUAUCGCGGCGGCCAGCGACGCGCCGUGAUCGUCGUCGUGCGGUGGUUGUUUAUGUUUGUCAAACAAUUCGAUCGCAAUUGUGUUUAUCCAGCCUCAAUGUGAUCGCGCGCACGUAUGUGUGAUUGUGAUUAAAGUUCAAACAAUCCGACCAAUAAAUGCCAAGGAGCGUACUGAUCGGUUCGAAAUCACUGCAAGCGAUGGCCAAUUGUGUGAGAAACUGUGUGAUGCUGUUAGUGGUGAUGAGCUGUUCGCUGUCCACUGUUGCUGGCCAGGAACAAGUGUCAACAGCCCAGGAUCGGAUACUGGAUCGUAUCGCUGCCGUUCUUCCAACGCUGCCAUCGAAUAACUGUCGCCGGGAUCUUACGCGAACCGUCGAAGCAGCACGCGCCCGUACCGAUUGGGCAAUGGCUAUGUUUGACGCCUCGGCAAAGUUCCCAGUGGCGGUAGAGUAUGGUUCCGUGUAUCAGCUGGGUAGCUACGACGAGUGUCUCAACCGCAGCGACGACGCUGUGUCAUCUCCCGUAACGACACAGUACUGUUUGACGCACGUUCAGCUUCCCGGCUACCGUGUGCGAUCGAUAUCGACGCGCCAUCAAUCUUUGCCCGCCAACGGAACGUCAACCCUGGUGCACUGGGGUCUGUGCGUGCCAGCCACCUGUACCGCCACCGAUGUGCAGCAACUGUUGCAGACGAGUACCGGGUACGAUGUCCCCUCAACGCCGCCAAGCACUUGCCACCAGCAGACGACGCGAUUAAACGAGAAGCCUUACACUACCGGACAGGUACUGUGCGCGUGUGUACUGCUCGUGUUCGUGGCGAUGGUUACGUUCAGUACGUGCUACAACUACGGAAGCUCCACGGACGGUGGUGUGGCUGCAGAGAAGCCACCAUCGACGGUCACCGCCAUCUUGCGAGCGUUCUCGGUGAUCGAGAAUCUGCGGAAGUUGGUGCAGGGUUCCAAGGACGAUCAUGGAUUGGGUUGUAUCAAUGGCAUCAAAGCAUGCUCGAUGGUGUUCAUUCUCGGUGGCCAUGCAUUACUGUUUAUGGCUGGUGGUCCACUGCUCAACACGGGUUUCUUCCAUGAGCAGCAGCGGCAGGUCCAGAAUGCGAUCUUCCUUAAUUCACCGCUGCUCGUCGAUACGUUUCUGCUGUUGAGUGGUUUCCUUUUCGCGCGGCUUCUACUCAUCGAACUGGAUAAGCGCAAAGGGGGUAUCAACUUUGGAAUGCUGUACCUGUUCCGGUACAUCCGGCUGACGCCAGCCUAUCUCGCCAUUAUCACCAUCUACGCAACGUGGCUGCCACGGUUAGGUGAUGGUCCGCUGUGGCAGCAGCGCAUGGCGUUGGAACAGCAACGGUGUCAGGACAGUUGGUGGCGCAAUCUGCUCUACAUCAACAACUACGUCGGUACGGACAGUAUGUGUAUGUUUCAAUCGUGGUAUCUGGCGGCCGAUACGCAGCUCUUCAUCUUGGCACCGCUCAUCCUCUAUCCGAUGUGGCGGUAUGGGAGACGCAUUGCUCUGUGGCUCAUCGGGAGCCUUAUUGGUGUCUCCAUCGUCAUCCCGUUCUGCGUCACCUACGUCAGUCAGCUCGAUCCAACGUUCAUGAUCUUCACGGAUGAAAUCCAAGACCUUCAAUGGAACCAUUAUUUUGCCCAUGUCUACGGAAGCACGCACAUGCGAGCCACGGCUUAUCUGUUCGGACUGCUGGUCGGUUAUCUCGUGCACUGGAUGCAACUCAACAACAUUCGAAUCAAACGAAGAAGACUAGCGAUCUAUUGGAUCGUUUCCACCAUCUGCGGCUGCAGUGCUAUGCUGUCCGUGACAGCGUUCUACAAUGAGCUCGGUACGGAGAACUAUCUCUACAACGCACUGUACGCUGCUCUGCAUCGGUUCGGUUGGAGCCUUUCCAAUGGAUGGCUGGUGCUAGCGUGCGUCACCGGGCAUGGCCGGACAUUGAAGCGGUUGCUGUGCUGGCGUGCCUUCGUACCGAUCAGCCGGCUUACCUACUGUGCGUACCUCGUGAACGGGCUGGUGGAACUGUACCUUUCCGCAGCACGUCGCACACCACUCUAUGCCAGCAUUGCCUCACUGACUGCUGAAGCACUGUCUCACAUCAUACUCACGUUCCUGCUUGCGGUCGUGCUCUGUUUGAUGUUUGAAUCACCGAUCCACGGGCUGGAGAAGAUACUGUUGCGACGCUUUCGACCAACGAAUAGGCGCGAAAUCGACAGCCAGAGCACCAAUAACACACACAGCACCUCCGGGGAAGUGUAGGCCAUGGCGGUGUCCGAACCCAGGUCGAUAUGCUGUAAAUAACUUCUUUAGAAUUUAGUUCUGAGUAAGGGAUUAUGAAAGUAAAAAAGCACUGUUUUGUGUACAUUC